AUGCCGAAACCGCAUCUCCUUUGCUGGCUGCGCUGGGCUAUCUGCGUUGCAGCUCAGUUCCAGGGUUACGCUCCCUUCGAAGAUGAUCAGCUCACAUACACAAUCCGUGUUCCUCAAGGCACGGCUAACCUCAGCCUGGGACCCAUAUAUUUCCAGUUGAACUCUACACGUCUUGUGCAGUGGGUCGCUCUGGGACAGGGGGCUGCGAUGCAUGGUGCCAACAUGUUCGUGGUGUAUACCUCAGGAGACAAUGUGACUCUUUCUCCGCGAGCAGGAAAGGGUCACUAUCAGCCGUUGUACAACAAGUACGCACAAGCUUCACUCAUUGCUGGCAGCGGCGUCUAUGAGGGAGCCAUUACUGCCAAUGUCCGAUGUGACAGCUGUAUCACCUGGGAAGGAGGCACCGAGAACCCGGCCAACCCUUUCAGUCCCUGGAUCUGGGCUGUGAAAUACGGGAAGCCGUUGAAUACGGCCAGUAUGACGGCAACCCUCAGAGAGCACGACGCCUUUGGCACCUUUUUCGUCAACCUCUUGAAAGCCACGGGCGCGGACAGUGAUAAUCCGUUCAUCGAUUUAGAUCGGGCCUCUAUCACGAGGGCGCAAACGGAGAUCUUCGACCAUGAAGGGUUUGACAAGAAGAGGACCGCUCAUGCAGUGCUCAUGACGGUCGCAUUCGUGUUGCUGUUUCCGGUAUUCGCGUUGGCGCUUCACAUCUUCCCGUCCGGCAUUGUGAGAGUCCAUGCAACAUUGCAGCUCCUCACGUUGGCCGUGACUAUUGCAGGAUUCGGUCUCGGGGUCGCGAUGGCCAAAGAUGUGUAUCUUCUGAGCCAUCACCAUCCGAUCAUCGGCACCGUGGUUGUCGCAUGCCUCGUGCUCUUCCAGCCUGGGAUGGGUUUUUUGCAGCACCGACACUUCCGCAAGACGGGCGGUCAGGGCCGUUUUGCCUAUCUGCACCGCUGGUUUGGGAGAAUCAUGAUCAUUCUGGGAGUGAUCAAUGUGGGCCUUGGAUUUCAACUGACUGGGGUCGACAGCUCCGCUGUGCCCAAAGGCGCGGCGAUUGCGUACGGAGUUGUGGCGGGAGUGAUUGGUCUGUUGUACAUGGUGAUUAUCAGUCUGUCCUGGAGACGACAACGGACUGCGUCGGAUAGUAAUUAG